CGUCACCGGCCGCCUGCGUACCGACGACACAGACAGUGUAGGAUGUAGCACAGGACGUGGCUAGCGAGCUACCAGUGACAGCAGGACGCCCGAAAACAGCGAAACGUCGACACCGGGAUCUGUUCAACACUCGUUCGUGGAGUGUCUGUGUCCCCUCGCUUGCAGACCGUUUUAUUUCUUCCCGACAUGAUGUAUCAGCGCUGCAUCGAGAGCUGAAUGGAAGCAUUUGAGGCCUUUUGUGAGUGAGGAGGUCGUGGCUCCCAGUGAUGUACCAUGGGGUACGACGUUACGAGGUUCCAAGGGGAGGUGGAUGAAGACCUGCUGUGCCCUAUAUGUAGUGGAGUCCUCGAAGAACCAGUGCAGGCUCCACACUGCGAGCAUGCUUUCUGCAACGCCUGUAUAACGCAGUGGUUCGCCCAGCAGCAGAUUUGUCCAGUCGAUCGCACAGUAGUGACGCUAGCUCACCUCCGGCCUGUGCCCCGCAUCAUGCGCAACAUGCUGUCCAAGCUCCAGAUCAGCUGCGACAACGCUGGUUUCGGCUGUACGGCCACUCUACGGCUCGACCAGCUGCAGUCGCACCUCAAGGACUGCGAGCACAACCCCAAAAGGCCCGUCAACUGUGAGGAGGGAUGUGGGCUUGAGAUGCCCAAAGACGAGCUGCCCAACCAUAACUGCAUCAAACAUUUGCGGAGCGUCGUCCAGCAGCAACAGACAAAGAUUUCAGAGCUGGAGAAAACCGUGGCGGAGCAUAAACACCAGCUGGGAGAACAAAAACGAGACAUUCAGCUGCUAAAAGCCUACAUGAGAGCAAUCCGCAGUGCUAACCCCAAUCUGCAAAACCUCGAAGAGAGCAUCGAAUACAACGAGAUCUUGGAGUGGGUGAACUCCAUGCAGCCUGCCAGAGUCACACGCUGGGGAGGCAUGAUCUCCACUCCCGACGCCGUCCUCCAGGCGGUCAUCAAGCGCUCCCUCAUCGACAGCGGCUGCCCCCUGUCGAUCGUGAACGACCUGAUCGAGAACGCCCACGAGCGUAACUGGCCGCAGGGACUGGCCACGCUCGAGACACGGCAGAUGAACAGGCGCUACUAUGAGAACUACGUUGCCAAGCGUAUCCCUGGCAAGCAGGCGGUGGUGGUGAUGGCCUGCGAGAAUCAGCAUAUGGGGGAGGAUAUGAUCCUGGAGCCAGGCCUGGUCAUGAUCUUCGCGCACGGAGUGGAGGAGAUCUUAUAACUGUACGGCUUAUCGUAGCCGAUCCAGAGACAAGUGGGGACGUUUUGCUUGGCGGGGGGGUUUGCUGUGAUGAGUAGGUUUUUCUUCUCCUCGUUGGAGUGAAUAAAUCCGGCUUAUUUAAAAUCAAAUCUUAUAAGAGGCUCACUCCUAAGCUUGAUACCUAUGCCUUAAAGUAAGGACAAAUAUAUUGUGAACCUGUCAAAUAAAAACUUAAUCUGACUGAUAUCUAAGAAUAAAGGUGAGAUGUGAUGUUUACAAGGUUUAUAUUUGGUGCAUUAUAUGAUCUGAUUGUUCUGCUCCAUGUCCUAAUAUAGUAAUAAGCUUGAGCCCCCGUUUAAUGUCAUCAGUUGUAUAAAUGCUUGUAAAUACAAAUACUAUAUUGAAUUAUAAAUGUCAUUCUCUUAUUGCUCUCACUGUAAUUAGAUUGUGAUUUUUUUUUGUUUUGUUUUGUUGUUUAUCUGCGUUCUGUUCUGUCGGCCUGUGUUUACUAUCUGCAGGGACGUUGACUCGGAAGAUAUUUUUUCGCGUGCUCGCUUUAGCGUUUAGUUUCCUGUGAAUAUUUCACAAAGACAUUGUGCUUCUCAGUUUAGAUUGUCUAAACCUUCUGUGCCAUUUUUUUUUGUUUUUAUUUAUUGUGUUGCCUUUUACACAAACAUGCUUGAAGAUGUUACCAUUUGAUGUAUGGAAAUCUGCCUUUUUUUUUUUCUCUCGGUGCAUUUGAAGUUUAUCGCAGGAAGAGAAAAAUUGAUUUUGUGUUCUUCUUUGUUGCCUCAGUUGUGUGUAUGUAUGUGUAUAUACAUAUAUAUAUAGUCUGAAUGUUGGGUCCAGUUUAAGUGUUAAAUUUGAAGUUUAACAUUUGGGAUUUAACUAGGUUUUAUUUGACAAAUCAUAACGGCUCACUUGAUAUUCCAGGUGAUCUUUUAUGUCUCUCUUUCUGACGGUUUGAAAUAUUGACUUCUCAUUCUUCACACUUAGCAAACAUCUGUUCACUGACAUGUCACUUAAAAAAAAAAUCCAUAGCUUUGAGAUUGUAAAAUAUUUGUAAAGUCACAGUUAUGGCUUUUGAGAGGUAUAAUGUUUCACUUAUUGCUGUAGUAAGACAAACAAGACUUCAGACGUCCGCUUUUUUUUAAAAAAAGCCCACACAAGUGCAGUGAACAGGUGAGUUUGGAUUGUGCCCUUCAUUAUUUUCCCUGUUAAUGUUUUUAUUUGUUUUGUGUCUGUUAUGUACCGUGUUGUACAGACAAGAAAGUAAUAAAAAAUGUCAAACUUCA